AUGCAAGUCCUGAACUACAACAGCAACCACCCGAUCGGUCACAAACGCAGCUGCGUAAGAGGGCUAUACCGGCGCGUUGAGACGCAUUGCAACGAAGCGGAAGACAAAGUUGCUGAGUUACCACAUAUCCGACGGCUGCUGAGAGCGAAUGGUUACCCGUGCAACCUUGCCAACCAAUGCAUACGCAAACGAGGGAAGAAGCAACAUCCAACUGGUCCAAAAGUUUGGCGAGCUCUUCCGUACAUGAAGAAUGUAUCGGAAGCGAUCUACACUUCCAUCGUGAAACUGCUGGCUGCCUUCACCCUGUCCGUCCUUGUGCUGCACCUACGGAAGGAGCAUCAGACAUGGUACUUUGUCUGUAAACGCGUUCGUUCCUUCGUCAUAAUGGUGAUGACCAUCGCCGACCACACCAACGACAGGCUGCGCGUUCGUGACACACGUAUCCCCUCGGUCAUUCUAAUUCUCAGCGUGGAUCGAUUCCUUCUACGUUACUUCAGCAGGACGAGCGAAACCUGUAUACAUCUGCCUGAUUUUACAGACUGCCUCAUUCACUCUCUCCUUUAUCCCAUCGUCUGCGAGGACCUCCUCCUGUCUCACCCCAUGAUGCCAUAUGAUUUCCCCUGUGAGAAGGAGCGUUCCGACCCCUCACAAGUUCUCCUUUAUAUCACGAUGCCAUCUCACUGCAUCAUGCCAAUCUAA